AUGCGUCCGGUGCAGAUGCACAUCUAUACCGACGGCUCGGCUUGUGAGCGUACGAGCCGUAGUGGAUAUGCAGUGAUCCUGCUGAUGAAAAUUGGGGCAGCAUGUGCCAUUUUUGGCAUUCUUGGUGGACCCCUGGAAGGAGCCGACAGCUGUGCAUGGUCGCUAGAACAGCUUGCGGCACUACAUGCUGAACAGGUCGCUGUGGCGGCCGCACUCCUAUGGCUCCUGCAGCUGCGAUGCUUCAUCCCUCGGAUCGAGGCACUGAUGUUUGUGGACUGCCUUGCUGCGGGCAGGGCAGCGACAGGACAGUGGGCUCCGCCUAAUGAGCUGGCCCAGCGAAGCCACAGCUUGGAGUUGAUCCUCCGUGAGAUCGAGGGGGUCACGCUCCAGAUUCAGCACAUCAAAGGCCAUGCGGGCCACGGCUGGAAUGAGGUUGCGGACGCGGUGGCCAAGAGCGCAGCCAAAGGGGAAAGUCUCCCCUUCAGCCCCCCCAGCCACACAAUCCGGACCUUUAUGACUGCCAACCUCGAGUGGAUCAGUUUCGAUAUGGCAGCCAGAAGGACGGGGUCUUCUUGGAUGGAUGAGAACUGUAUGUGCUGGCCGGAGCAAUAUGGUACUACUUUCCGUCUAUCUCCGCAGCAAUUGGUGCCUACUGUUGCGGAGGAUGAAGGCCUAUGGCCUAUUGUGGAGGCGGAUGGCAGUGAGUUUGUGCUGUCGGCGUGUUCUUUCAAUGUGCAAGGACUGGGCAGUGCACAUCGCUACAUGGAAGAACAGUUCGACUUCUACGGCUAUAACGUGGCGUUCCUGCAGGAGACAAAGAGCAAUGAAGGACAAUGCUCUAGUCGAAGGUUCUACCGAUUGAUGUCCCCGGCGGAAAGACACUGGGGUGUGGCUGUGUGGGUGAGCCGGCAAAGAGGUUUGAUGUCCAUCAACGGCAAGCCGAUCUUCCCCUCGGAGGAGAACAGCAAGGUCCUGUUCACGGGCCCUCGCCUGCUUGCGGUUCAGUUCGAUGUCCAGGGCUUCAAGGUUGGCAUGAUUGCGGGACAUUGCCCGCAUGCAGGCCGGGCCAAGGAACGAGAUGCCUUUGUCACUGACCUGAGGGAAGUUCUGAGCAGGAUGAAGCGUUGGCCCUUUGUACUUCUGGGGCUUGAUGCCAAUGCUCGAUUCCCGAACAACGUGCUCCAUGUCACAGGGGAGUUGGUUGUUGAUGAGCCGGAUGCCAAUGGUGUUAUUCUUACUGAGGUUUGCCGUGACCUCGGGCUUUGGGCCCCGGCUACCUUCGGCCACCUGCACAGAGGGGAGUCUGCUACGUAUACCCACUGCACUGGAGAUGAAAGCCGCAUUGACUACUUCUUGUUGGGAGGUGGCGCGACAAUCUCUGCCUGCCACAGUGCAGUCAAUGCUGAGCUUGACAAUGGCAGCCCCAAUGUGGACCACAAGGCCAUCACUGUCAGUGUUGCGGGCAGGAUGGGCAAGGGGGCGGUGAGAGCCAGGCUGAAGAGGGUCAAGUAUGACACGGAAGCCAUGGCCACGGAGAAAGGUAAGCUGGCGGUCCAAACUAUGUGUUCCCAGUUUGAACAACCGCGGUGGGAUACAUCACCAGAUGAGCACUGUCACUUGAUUGAGGCCCACCUCCAGCAUUUCAUGUCGGAUCACUUCUCCAAGACUGAGGGUCCUGAGAGGGCCUCCUACAUCCCUGAGGAGGUCUGGCGUCUUCGCCAAAUGAAGAAUCUUUUGAAGUGGAGGACACGAGAGCGGCUACAAGGCUGGCAGCGACUCCUUCCCAUUGCACUCCAGGUUUGGUGUGGUGGCGGUGACCAGUGCUUGCUGCCGCGGCUCCGGAAACAGACGGUGAUGUACCAGCUUGUCGCGGCUGCUGUCAAGUUUGUUACUCACCGCAUGCGCAAGAUGAUUGCGGAGGCCAAGGACGGCUUCCUGCGCCGUGUUGCGGCAGAAGGGGAUCAGGGCGUAUGUGCGAUCCUCAACCGAGCCAAACGUGCAGGCAUCGGUGCACGUGCCCGAGCCCCAGUUCGACGUGACCUACCGAAGCUGUUGGACCCGACCACUGGUCGACAAGCAGAGACAGUCGCGGACCGAGAUGAUAUUUGGUUGCGCUUCUUUGGCGAGCAGGAAGCAGGUCGAAUAAUGGGCACCCAGGAUUUCAUUGAAGAGGCCUCAGUUGGUUUGGGCGAGGAAAGCCCGGACUGGGAUUGGCACCUUUUGCCCAGUCGGCUUGACAUUGAGAAGGCCCUUCGAAGGUUGCCCAAGGGCAAGGCUGCUGGUCUGGAUCAGGUCCCGAGCGACCUGUUGAGGGUGUGUCCCAGUGGCUUUGCAGCUCUACUACAGCCCUUGUAUGUCAAGUCCUUGGUUCUGGGACGCCAGCCACUUCAGUGGCGAGGUGGUGUUUUGUUUGAGAUGUUCAAGCAGAGUGGAGCCCAGCCCGAAGUCGCCAACCAUCGCAGUAUCUACAUAUCAAGCUUCCUCGCCAAGACCCUCCACAGGGUGAUGAGAGACAAGGUCAAGGAUGAAACUGAGGCAUUCCUUCACCCGUUGCACUGCGGGACUCGUCCGGGCCUUCCGGUACUCUUUCCUUCACUCUUUGUCCUGGAGCACUUGAGAAAGUGCCAACAGACAGGCCUCUGCUCAGCGCUGCUUUUUGUCGACACAAAGGCAGCUUACUACAGGUUGGUCAGGCAGCUUGCUACAGGAGAUCUUCGAGUUGGUCAGAAGAUAGAGGCGCUGUUUCAUCGGUUUGGUCUGGAUGGAAGUGACAUCGAAGCCCUCUCGGAGCUUAUCCUCAGUGGGGGGAUGUUCAAAGCCGCGAACAUCCCAGACCCGAUCAGGGCUGCCGCUGCGGAUUUCCAUCGAGCUACCUGUGAAGGGCAAAGGCUCUACUCGAAUCAGGAGGCGAUCCCCAUCGUCCCUCACUACAAGCACCUUGGAUGUAUGGUGGAUCCGACGGCAAGACUUUUGCAAGAGGCUCGGCACAGGACAGCUCUUGCAGCCACGGCGUAUGACAGUGCAAAGGAUUUGUUGUUGCAGAACCGCGACCUGGUCCUUACUACGAGGGUUGCUCUGUUCCGCACGACUGUGGUUGCGACCUACUUCAACUUGGGAGUAUGGUUGACUCAUGGGCCAGCCUGGAGACACAUGAGUGACGCGUUCUCGCGUCUGGUGCGGCGACUUCUGUGCCGCCUUGUCCCGGAGAAGGAGGUGUACAAAAUUCCCACCCCGCUCGCGCACGUCAUCACUGGAUGUUGGCCCCUGGAACAGUUCGCCAGGCGUGACAGGAUCUUUGCGCUUGUUUCAUUGGCGGCCACUGGGCCCCCGAUCCUAUGGGCAGCUAUCCAGACGGCUGGUCAAUGGGCGGAACAGCUUUGUGAUGACCUGAGGUGGUUGGUGGCUGGAGAUCAGUCAAACUGGCCAUCAGUUUGUGCGGCAGCAUGGCCCCAAUGGUGGCACCUCUUAAGGGACCACCCAGAGAGGGUCAAGCGGCGUGCUGCCAAGCGGAAUGAGGAGACUUUCGGGCAAUAUAAGUCUCAGGCGAUUGUGGACCUGUGUCUUUGGUACCUCUUUCGCAGUCUUCGACCCGAGCCAGUUGGUGCCAGUGACAAUGGUUCGUGGUGGUGCAGAGUUUGUGACAAGAUGUUCCGUUCGAGGGCGAAUCUGUCGGUGCACUUUUUCAAAGCUCAUGGACGUUGUGCAGAAUACCGGCGCUACAUUGACUCUACGGUCUGUGGGGCCUGCGGCAAGGAGAAGCUUCAGCGGACUCGUCGCCCCAGUUCCGCACUGGCCCCAGGAUAUGGGAGUAAGCGGCGGAGACAGCGAGAAGCGGAAACGUUCACCCCAGCUCCGCCUACGGCACCUACUACUUCGGUAGCAUGGGUUGAAAAGCCUUGGUCCACGUGUCAGGUGCAACUACACAGUGACUUGUGUGAUGUUGUUCUGGAUGCACCACCCAGUGCAGACUUUGAGGAUGAGCUCUGGCGCAGGGUUUGCAAGUACCCCCUCUACACUGAGGAGAUCCAGCAGGUUGUCCACUACCUUGUCGAGGAGAUGGAUUUGGUGGCUCAGGAUCGUGACUUGCAGCAAUGGACGUCGCAACAGCUUGAUACACUGCUGAGUGCCCUUCAGCAGGUUCUUGCUAAGGAGCCCCCACAUGCUGACGAGACCCAGCGAGGGUCUGAGACUCUGCAUUCGCGGGCGAGUUUUACCAAAGCAGCACAGGAUCUUGACUGGCUUGGGGCGAUCUCUCGCCAGUGUGCGGACUACGUGACCCAGGACUCCACGCUGUACACUCUGACUGAAGAUUGGGAAGUUGUAUGGUCUCAGAACAGGGGCGUGGAGUUUGAUGCAACCGUGAUUCGUGAUCCUCUUAGACUUUUGCCAAGGACGUUGUGGAUGCUCUGGAAAGACUUUCUAAACGAAGGUUCCCCGGAGCUUGAAGCACCACCGUCCUUUUGGUCCCACCCUCUUGCAGCGGCCUUUCUGCCGUUCAGGGUGCAAUGUGCAGUUAAUUAG